AUGGCGGACGUCGAUCCCGGCCUAGAGCCGAAUCACCAUCCCGCGGCCGACACGCCCGAACCCGAGCAGGCCUCCGUGGAUACAACUAGGGAAGAAGCUCACGAAGCUCCGCCAAUGUUGACAUCGGACAAGCCGGCGUUUGUGUCUGGAAAGGCAGACUUGCAAGAAGUAAAGGAGCAGGAAGAGCGGGAAAUUCAAAAAGACCAGCAGGAAGGAGACGAUAAACAAAACGAAGCCGAAGGCCUGCAGCAGGCAGCAAGCGAACGAGACGACGAGGAUGAAGUGAAGCCCGAAGUUCCGCCCAAGGAUAUAAUGGAGGAGAACACCAAUGGUGCGCAUGUCGAACAGCAGCAGCGGGCUGAUGUCGCGCCUCCCGAAAUUCACGAACCCGAGCCAACCGACGGCAAUGCGCCCCCAGACGCUCGAAUGCGCUCCGACUCGCGCUCAACGACGGCUACCUUUGCGACGCAUCGGUCUACAAUGGUCAGCUCGACCGUUUUCAUCGUGACUGCUCUGGACGCCAUUGGUGCCUCCCGCGAAGCCCGACGAAGCAAAGAGCUAGUUGACUCGGUUCAAGUAGCCUUGGCCAAUGUCAGGCAGUCGGAUGGGCAACCUAUCGACCCCGAGCUCAUCUUCCGCCCCCUUCACCUGGCCAGCAAGGCUCUCAGCAUUCCACUCCAGGUCACCGCGCUCGACUGCAUUGGCAAGCUCAUAACAUACUCCUACUUUGCCUUCCCCUCUGCCGAAUCCGAAAGCGAAGCUACGCCCGAGAAACCACCCCUUAUCGAACGAGCCAUUGACGCGAUUUGUGACUGCUUCGAGAAUGAGGCGACCCCCAACGAGAUCCAGCAGCAGAUUAUCAAAUCCCUGCUGGCUGCUGUGCUGAAUGACAAGAUUGUGGUGCAUGGAGCUGGUCUCCUGAAAGCAGUCCGCCAGAUCUAUAAUAUCUUCAUCUACUCCAAGUCGAAUCAGAAUCAACAAAUUGCACAGGGCUCGCUUACCCAGAUGGUGAGCACGGUCUUCGACAGAGUCCGAAUCCGUUUGGAUCUGAAAGAGCUCAGGAGCCGGGAGGUUGACAAAGUCACCGGCGCCAGUCUAGAUACGUCAGCCAGUGACCAGGGCCAAACCUCAGAAGUUGCCUCUGUAUCUGCGGUCGAUCAAGGAGACCAAGGGGAUCAAUCAGACCAACCAGUCAGCAAAGAGCCCAACUCGGAGAAGCUUACUCUGCAGAGUUUCGAGUCGCCCAAGGAGGUGACUUCUGUCAACGAUAAUGCGCCGACUACGGUCACUCGUGCCAAAAUGGCUCGGUCCAACACCGCUCGAUCGAUGUCGGGCAUCCCCGAGGACAGAGAAGAUGACAGUUCGACCGAGGAUGACGUUGAUGAGGUCUACGUCAAGGAUGCCUUCCUGGUAUUCCGUGCAUUGUGUAAACUGAGCCAUAAGGUCCUUGGCCAUGAUCAGCAACAAGAUAUCAAGUCCCAAAACAUGCGGUCGAAGCUGCUUUCCUUGCACCUCAUCCACUAUCUCAUUAACAACCACAUCACCACCUUCACCUCGCCUCUUGCUGCAAUCAAGAACAGCAGCUCAUCCAGCACCGAAGCCAUGACACUUCUCCAGGCCGUGCGGCCCCACCUUUGUCUAAGUCUCAGCCGAAACGGCUCCAGCUCUGUUCCCCAUGUCUUCAAGGUUUGCUGCGAAAUUUUCUGGCUGAUGCUAAAGGACAUGAGGGUUAUGAUGAAGAAAGAGCUGGAGGUGUUCCUUAAAGAGAUCUACCUGGCUAUCCUGGAAAAGCGAACUGCUCCCUCCUUCCAGAAGCAGUACUUCAUGGAAGUCUUGGAACGACUGGGUGGUGAUCCUCGUGCGCUGGUGGAGAUCUAUCUCAACUACGACUGUGACCGAACGGCGUUGGAGAACAUCUUCCAGAAUAUCGUCGAGCAACUCUCGCGGUACUCGAGUUUGCCAGUGACGACUACUGCUUCGCAGCAACAAUAUUUCCAGGACCAUCAUACCAAGAUGACUACCAUUGGAGCUGAGUGGCGCCAGCGUGGAACUCUGCCUCCGUCGUUCACAACCGCCAACAUCACACCACCUCCACAGCCGACCGCCCCUAACAUUCCUUCAGAUUACAUUCUAAAGCACCAAGCUGUGGAAUGUCUUGUAGAGAUGCUUCGGUCUCUGGACAACUGGGGUUCUCAACGUCUGGACGAUCAAGCCGCCGCUGCUGCCGCUGCUGCCGCUGCUCAGUCACUGGGGGCGACCAAGUCUAUGGACAACUCUCGCGAAUCCCUGGAUACCAAUGUCCUCAUAUCUCCACGGCCCGAGAUUAGCGACGCAGGCACUGGCCCAUCUACCCCUGUCCCCGAAGACGACCCGAACGAGAUUGAGAAGGUCAAGCAGCGGAAGAUCGCUAUGAUGAACGCCAUUCAACAUUUCAAUUUCAAGCCAAAGCGCGGUAUUAAGCUCUUGCUUUCGGAAGGGUUCAUCCGUUCGGAUACCCCCGAGGACAUUGCCAGCUUCCUGCUGCGCAGUGAUCGACUUGAUAAGGCUAUGCUCGGCGAGUACCUGGGUGAAGGCGACGCCGAAAACAUCGCCAUCAUGCAUCAGUUCGUCGACCAGAUGGAUUUCACCAAACGGCGGUUUGUCGAUGCUCUUCGAUCUUUCCUGCAGCACUUCCGUCUGCCCGGCGAGGCGCAAAAGAUUGAUCGUUUCAUGCUCAAGUUUGCCGAACGGUACACAACUCAGAACCCCAAUGCCUUUGCUAAUGCAGACACGGCGUAUGUGCUGUCGUACUCGGUCAUCAUGCUCAACACCGAUCAGCACAGCUCUAAGAUGAAAGGUCCCCGAAUGACCAAGGAGGACUUUAUCAAGAAUAACCGCGGCAUCAACGACAACCAGGAUCUGCCAACUGAGUAUCUCAUUUCCAUCUACGACGAAAUCGCCAAUAACGAGAUUGUCCUUGACACCGAGCGAGAGCAUGCUGCCAAUCUGGGCAUCCCAACUUCUGCUCCCACCGGGUUGGCGACUCGAGCUGGUCAAGUCUUUGCUACCGUUGGUCGAGACAUCCAAGGGGAGAAGUAUGCACAGGCGUCCGAGGAAAUGGCCAACAAGACCGAGCAAUUGUACCGCUCUCUGAUUCGAGCUCAGCGCAAGACAGCCGUCCGUGAUGCGCUGUCUCGCUUCAUUCCCGCUACUUCGGUUCGCCACGUUGGGUCAAUGUUCAAUGUCACCUGGAUGUCCUUUUUGUCUGGUUUGUCAGCCCCUAUGCAAGAUACUCAGAACCUUGAGACGAUCCGACUUUGCAUGGAAGGCCUCAAGUUGGCCAUUCGGAUCAGCUGCGAAUUUGAUCUGGACACCCCUCGCGUCGCCUUUGUUACCGCUUUGGCCAAAUUUACCAACCUGGCCAACGUUCGUGAAAUGAUGCCAAAGAACGUGGAAGCCUUGAAGGCGCUGCUUGACGUUGCUUUCACUGAAGGAAAUCGCCUUCGGGGCUCGUGGCGAGAGAUUUUGACCUGCGUCAGCCAGCUUGACCGAUUGCAGCUGUUGAGUGAUGGUGUGGAUGAAGGCUCUCUGCCUGAUGUCUCACGAGUACCCACGGCGUCCUCCGAUACUGCCUCUCGCAAGUCCAUGCAGUCAACCAGACGACCUCGACCACGAUCAGUUGGUGGACCCUCGGCCUUCCGCAUGGAGAUCGCCAUGGAAAGCCGAUCUGCCGAUAUGGUCCGUGGCGUGGAUCGGAUCUUCACCAACACCGCAAACCUGUCGCAUGAGGCUAUCAUCGACUUUGUGCGGGCUUUGAGCGCGGUCAGCUGGCAAGAAAUUCAGUCCUCGGGACACAGCGACUCUCCUCGCACGUACAGUCUGCAGAAGCUGGUUGAAAUCAGCUACUACAACAUGACUCGUGUCAGGAUCGAGUGGUCCAAGAUUUGGGAGGUUCUAGGCCAGCACUUCAAUCAGGUUGGCUGCCACUCCAAUACAACCGUCGUAUUCUUCGCGCUGGACUCUUUACGGCAACUAUCGAUGCGCUUUAUGGAGAUUGGAGAAUUGCCUGGUUUCAAGUUCCAAAAGGACUUCCUCAAGCCAUUUGAGCAUGUGAUGGCAAAUAGUACUACUGCUGCCGUCAAGGACAUGAUUCUCCGCUGUCUGAUUCAAAUGAUUCAGGCGCGUGGUGAUAACAUCCGGUCCGGAUGGAAGACCAUGUUUGGUGUUUUCACCGUUGCUGCCCGUGAACCCUAUGAGGGAAUUGUGAAUAUGGCCUUUGAUCAUGUCACCCAAAUCUAUAAUACUCGCUUUGGGGUUGUGAUCACCCAGGGUGCCUUUGCGGAUCUGAUCGUUUGUUUGACUGAAUUUUCCAAGAACUCCAAAUUCCAGAAGAAGUCAUUACAGGCAAUCGAGACGCUCAAGUCUACAGUCACCAAGAUGCUACGCACUCCAGAGUGCCCGCUUUCCCACCGCGGCGGUACUGCCCCACAGUUCCAAGAGGAAGGGACCAACCUUGCCAAGCAGCUCACUCGCCAGUCGCAAGAGGAGCAAUUCUGGUAUCCCAUUCUCAUCGCUUUCCAGGAUGUAUUGAUGACCGGCGAUGACCUCGAGGUUCGGUCCCGCGCCUUGACCUAUCUGUUUGAUACUCUGAUUCGACAUGGCGGUGACUUUCCUCGGGAGUUCUGGGAUGUUCUUUGGAGACAACUGCUUUGCCCGAUCUUCGUCGUUCUGCAGUCCAAGUCUGAAAUGUCCAAGGUUCCUAAUCACGAAGACCUUUCAGUCUGGUUGUCCACAACUAUGAUCCAAGCGUUGCGCAACAUGAUCACUCUCUUCACUCAUUAUUUUGAGUCAUUGGAGUAUAUGCUGGGUCGGUUUUUGGAAUUGCUGACGCUGUGUAUCUGUCAAGAAAAUGACACGAUUGCUCGAAUUGGCAGCAACUGUCUGCAACAGCUAAUCCUGCAAAACGUUUCCAAGUUCCGAGAGGAACAUUGGACUCAGAUCGUGGGAGCGUUUGUCGAGCUCUUCACCAAGACAACCGCCUAUGAGCUCUUCACGGCGGCGGCAUCCAUGUCGAAAUUGACUGACACGCCUGCCCUGGCCACCACCAACGGUGACGUUGCCCAGUCUGAUGCAGUUUCGGGCGAGCUUCCCGACUCGCUACAUGCGAAUGGAUCUCAAAGCACCGCCUCUCUCCAGGACGACAGCGACCCACCCGCCCAGAGUGAAGCCCGUGCUGAGCUUGAGGACUAUCGUCCCCAGACGGACUCGCAGCACCAACCUGCUGCCGUCACUGCCGCGCGUCGUCGCUUCUUCAACCGGAUCAUCACCAACUGCGUUUUGCAGCUGCUCAUGAUCGAGACGGUGCACGAGCUCUUCUCCAACGACAAUGUCUAUGCUCAGAUUCCCAGUCACGAGCUGUUGCGGUUGAUGGGCCUGUUGAAGAAGAGUUAUCAGUUUGCCAAGAAGUUCAACGAGGACAAGGAUCUCCGCAUGCAGCUCUGGCGUCAGGGAUUCAUGAAGCAGCCACCCAACCUAUUGAAGCAAGAGAGUGGCAGUGCUGCCACCUACGUCCAUAUACUCUUCCGGAUGUAUCAUGACGAGCGACAGGAGAGACAGAGCAGUCGCGCCGAGACCGAGGCCGCUCUCAUUCCACUCUGUGCCGAUAUCAUUCGCAGCUUUGUCCGCCUCGACGAAGAGAGCCAACACCGCAACAUUGUGGCCUGGCGCCCCGUGGUGGUGGAUGUUAUUGACGGUUAUAACAACUUCCCUCAGGACGGGUUCGACAAGCAUAUCGAGACCUUCUACCCGCUUGGAGUGGAACUGCUCAGCCGUGAUCUUAACCCGGAGAUCCGCGUUGCCUUGCAGGGUCUUCUCCGUCGGAUCGGCGAAGUCCGCCUGGGCGUUGCUCCGUCCAACCCGUUGGAUGCUCCGAUCAGCCCGCGGAGCUCCGUCUCUCAAAAAGGUUCGCGCCGAGACAGCCAGGCAACCCAUUGA